AUGGGUGCCGUGAUAUCGGGAGAGUGGAGUUCAGUCACUCCACAAGAUGUGACAGCGCAGAAUGGUUUGUGUGCACAGAUUCCGUGUCACUACAGGUACCCGUCGCAUCUAAACAAUAAACCACGGAUUGGAAUUUGGUUUAACAGUGAGACGAACGACAAAAAUGUAGCCUUACACUCCAAGAAUUCCAGCAAUGAAUCAACACAGUUUCGCCAUCGGACCCGGCUGUCAGGAGAUCUGGGAGACGACGGCUGUUCCCUGGUUAUAGACAACGUCACGCAGCAAGAUGCAGGUCCUUAUUUUUUCAGAGUUAAUUUUGGAGGGGGAGAUCGUUUCAACUACUACCCUGUAACACAGCUCCAUGUUACUGAUUUCACAGAUAAACCCACGAUAUUCUCUGCUGAAAUGGUGGCAGGUCAGCCUGUGAACGUGACCUGCUCCUUCAACACCACAUGUAAUGGAACGACACCCACCCUAACCUGGGUCACCCCCGCUGGUGAACCACCUUCAGCCUCACACAGAGUAACUCAGUGGGGAGACACUUGGACAUAUACUUCUGUUCUGUCCCUGACACCAGCGCUCAAAGAUCACGGACAAAACCUCACCUGUAGAGUCAGAUACCCAACUGUCUCAUCCGAGCAGAUCCACACACUGAAUGUACAAUACGCUCCCCAGAAUCUCUCAAUCACUUCCCCCGACAACGUGAACAAUUCCUGGAUGCUCCACAGAAUCUCUCAAUCACUUCCCACGACGACGUGA